UAAUCUAGAGAGAGGAAGAGCUAUAGAUAGAAAACUUAUUUUUGAAUGAUAAUUUCUCCCCCUCCUUUUUGGACUGGGAGGGAGUGAAAUCUUUUUACUUUUUGGUGGCGGUGUGCCUUGUGUGCGCGUGUUUCCUUCCUCCUCCUCCUCCUCCUUGCUUUCUCUCUCAUAACAGCCCCGGUAAAUGAGAAGAGACAGGUCUCUGCCAAUUUUUUUCUUCUUCUUUUUUUUUUUUUUUUUUCUUUUUUACGGAUCGGCAAGGUGAAAUUAAAAGUGGCAUUUUAGUGCCUUUUUCCUGCAAUUUUCUCUUCCCUUUUUUUUUUUUUCUCUCCCCAGUAGAGAGAUUUGGGGCUAAGGUUUAGGCAGAAAGUUUGGGGGCUUGUUAGUAUUUGGUGGGGGAGGGAAGCACAUUCAUUUUUUGUGUGUAUGUGCUGUUCUGCUGUAGGCUUAUUGGAGAAUAACAGUGUAAGUGACAGCCUAGAAGUAGACUUCCUGCUCUUCACGCUGGAUAGAAAAGCUUUUUUGCCCACCUUGUCACUUGCUCUUGUACAUAUUGAUUUUAUUUUUGAAAGGACAGCCAGGCUUAAGCUGUCCCCAGCUCAGUUAAAAGCUGUAACUUUUUUUUCAUUUUUAGCACUACACUUGUCUGGUCAAUUUGAUCUUCAUUUCCUUUUUCCAUUCCUAAAGCUUGAAAAGGUAUUCUUAGUAUUUUUUUUUUGUCCAUUGCUAUUUUGCUUAUGGCUCCUUUUUUUCUCACUAUUUAUUUUUGCCCCUCCCCUGCUUAGAGAAAAAUAACAAAAAAGAAAAAUAAUAGAAUUUUAAGGGAAGUAGCCUUUAGGUCUGCUGGCUUUUUGUUUGGGUUUUUUUUCCCCUUAAAAAAAAAAAAAGGACCUAGAAAACAUCAGUCUUGAACUUCUUCCUCUUCAAGAGCUUGAGCUGCAAAGGAAACCUCCUUUGUUUUUGUUAUUUAUAUGCUGUCAAGUUUUGAAGUGGACAAAGCAGCCUAUGUUCAAAUAAGAAAAAAUUGUUUAUAGAAUUACUGGUGUACAUACCAACAUUACGGAAUAUACGGUAACUCCCAAGGUAUCCAUACCUGAAUAGCUUUGCAGUGAAACGUACAAAAUGUGUUGAAUUACUAGGCAACAGAAAGUGAUCUUUAGAGGCGGGACUGAGCAUGGAUCAUUUGAACGAGGCAACUCAGGGGAAAGAACAUUCAGAAAUGUCUAACAAUGUAAGCGAUCCGAAGGGUCCACCAGCCAAAAUUGUGCGCUUGGAACAGAAUGGGAGCCCAUUAGGAAGAGGAAGACUUGGAAGUACAGGAACUAAAAUGCAAGGAGUGCCUUUAAAACACUCUGGACACCUGAUGAGAACUAAUAUUAGAAAAGGAAGUAUGCUUCCAGUUUUCUGUGUAGUGGAACAUUAUGAAAAUGCCAUUGAGUAUGAUUCUAAGGAGGAGCAUGCAGAAUUUGUGUUGGUGAGAAAGGACAUGCUUUUCAAUCAGCUGAUUGAAAUGGCAUUGCUAUCACUUGGAUAUUCUCAUAGCUCUGCUGCCCAAGCAAAAGGGCUUAUCCAGGUUGGAAAGUGGAAUCCUGUUCCACUCUCCUAUGUGACAGAUGCCCCUGACGCCACAGUAGCAGACAUGUUACAAGAUGUGUAUCAUGUAGUCACACUGAAAAUCCAGUUACACAGUUGCCCUAAACUAGAAGACUUGCCUCCUGAACAAUGGUCUCACACAACAGUAAGAAAUGCUCUGAAGGACUUACUGAAGGAUAUGAACCAGAGUUCAUUGGCCAAGGAAUGUCCCCUUUCACAGAGUAUGAUUUCUUCCAUUGUGAACAGCACUUACUAUGCAAAUGUCUCAGCAGCAAAAUGUCAGGAAUUUGGAAGGUGGUAUAAACAUUUCAAGAAGGCAAAAGAUAUGAUGGUUGAAAUGGAUAGCAUUUCCGAACUACCCCAACAAGGUGCCAACCACGUCAACUUUGGUCAGCAACCAGUCCCAGGGAAUACAGCCGAACAGCCUCCAUCCCCUGUUCAGCUUUCUCAUGGUAGUCAACCAUCUGUUCGGACCCCACUUCCAAACCUGCACCCUGGACUUGUAUCUACUCCCAUUAGCCCUCAGCUGGUAAAUCAGCAGCUGGUAAUGGCCCAGUUGCUGAACCAGCAGUAUGCAGUGAAUAGACUUCUAGCCCAGCAGUCCUUAAACCAACAGUACUUGAACCACCCUCCUCCUGUCAGUAGGUCCAUGAACAAGCCGUUGGAGCAGCAAGUUUCAACUAACACAGAGGUGUCUUCCGAAAUCUACCAGUGGGUACGCGAUGAAUUGAAACGAGCAGGAAUCUCACAGGCAGUAUUUGCACGUGUGGCUUUUAACAGAACUCAGGGCUUGCUUUCAGAAAUCCUCCGAAAGGAAGAGGAUCCCAAGACUGCCUCGCAGUCCUUACUGGUAAACCUUCGGGCUAUGCAGAACUUCUUGCAGCUGCCAGAAGCUGAACGAGAUCGA